UGAUCAUUCCACGAGCCUGCAGCCAGAAAACAAGUUGGACAAGUAGAAAAAAACAAAGCAAGAGGCGAGUCAGAGACGUGUCAUUGAUCUGAGUAAUUUCUUUCCACACAUUUCUACUUUUGACAGCAUGGACGACACAAAGAGGAUUAUCCUACUUGGAAAAACUGGAGUUGGAAAGAGCAGCCUGGCUAACACCAUAUUUGGAGGGAGCAAAUUCCAAGUAAAUAAUCUUAAUGACCUGAAAAAGCAUUGUUCUCAAGCCCAAACCAAAUCUGUCUAUGGAAGAAGCAUCACUUUGAUCGACACUCCUGGUUUCUUUGACACAGACAGAUCUGAGGAGGAUUUGAAACCUGAGAUAGUGAGGUGUAUCACAGAGUGUGCUCCUGGGCCUCAUGUUUUUCUCAUUGUGCUUAAAGUGGAGAAAUUUACAGAGCACGAGCAGGCUGUCAUCACUAAAAUAUGCCAAUAUUUCUCAGAAGACGCUCUUAAAUACGCUGUAAUUGUCUUCACUCAUGGUGACCAGCUCCCUGAAGGGAUGAAAAUUGAGGAGUAUGCUGAUCAAAGUGAGGAUCUGAGUGAUCUGGUGAAGAAGUGCGGUGGCCGGUGCCAUGUAGUUGAUAAUAAAUACUGGAACCAACAGGAUGAAUACAGGAGCAACCAGUACCAGGUAGAAGAGCUGCUCAAAACCAUAGACAAAACAGUGUUGGCAAACGAUGGAUACUACACCAACGAACAGCUACGAGACAUAGAGAAAGCAAUACAGAAAGAGGAAGAGCGCAUUAGACAGUCAUCAGAAAAUCUGUCACAGGAAGAGAUCAGAAAACAGGCUAAAAGCAAUGUCUUAAAGAAGCUGGUGGACGAUGCACCUCGAACAUGGAUUCUAGCUUUAGUGGGUUUCGGAGUUGUAGCUGGAUUAGCUGUGUGGUUCAAGUCAACACAGCUGAGAGAGUUGAUUCCAUUAAAGGAAGCAGCACCAUUUGAACUACGUUUUGAACAAGCAUUAAUAGCACCAGCUGUGAUAGAAGCGUUGGUAGAAGAAAUAGUUCAGACUCCUUCAAGUGUGUCUCCACCAGCCACUACAAUACCAGAGGUAGUCGAGGUAUUGACCCCACCAGUGAGGGUAAUACCAAAUACAGGUGAGGCUCUCGUGAACAAACUUAAUGCUUUGUAUGAAAGAGCAUACAAUCAUUGGAAUCCAUUUGAGUGAACACUGAAGCAGAAUCAAAUAAAAAAGCAGCAGACUUCUUAAAGAGAUUUAUAUCUUAUUGACACAGAUAUAAAACUGAAUAGUUUAUGGGUUAAUUAAUUUGGACAUUUUGGCUUCUUGCUUUAUGGAAGUUCUUGUGUAUCUCUUUUUUAACAAUAUAGAAUCAAUAAAAUGUAAAUGGAGUAGCAAACAAUAUUCCAAUCUGUAGAAAUUUAACUGAGAGGCUUAAGUAUGUGUAUAUAUUUUUGGGGGUUUGAGACUUGUGAAGCCUGCAUUACAAACUGGAGGUGUGGGGUUUUUAAAGAAGUGGACAUUUAGGAGGCAAGGAGAGUUUUUAAUGAACGAGGUGCAUUAUAAGAAUUUUAAGAAUAUCUCGGCCUCUGUUUUGAUUUUGACUACUGGUUUUUAAUCUUUUGUCUUUUGUGAGUUAUGGAAUCCUGUUGUCCCCUUUAAAUGUGAUGACUGCUUUUUGUAUUGUGUCUUUCAUUAAUAUAUGGGUUGGUUAUAAAUGUAUUAUGCAACAAUAAAACAGCUGAUUGGUCACCUC